AUGGCCGGCGCAAAGCGACGUCGGGCCGAGUUCGAACCUGCCACCACCUCCGACGAUGGUGGCCAAGGCGGCGACGAGACCCCCUCCUACUCACAACAGGAAGCAUCUAACCCGACCCCGACGAUAGCGUUACCGACACUGCCCGCAAAACGACGCCGAGUAGAAACUACCACCACCACCACCACCACCCAAGUUCAUCAGAGACAAAACUCGCGACAAAACCCGAACAUCCCCUCCCCGCGGGGCGUCGACUUCCUCUCCCCGCUCUCGGACGAGCUCCUCCUGCGCAUCCUCUCGUUCCUCCCGCUCCACCAGCUGCUGGCCGUGAGCCCCGUGUCGCGCCGCUUCUAUCGCCUGUCGGCCGACUCCCAGCUGUGGAAGGCGCUGUACUACGCGCGCUUUGUCCUCCCGCGGGCGAUGCGCAUCCCUGGGUUUCGGGACGGUGCUAGUAUUGGGAAUAAUAAUACUAGUAGUAGUAGUAGUAAUGGGGGGCAUAAGUUGCAUUAUUCUGGCAGGCGGACGUUAUGGGCGGAUGGAAGACGGGGGGAGGUGAAGGAGGAGGAGGAGACGCACUCGGUUAACUGGAAGCGGCAGUACAAGAUCCGGCACAAUUGGGCCAGGGGCAAGUGCGCGGUGGAAGAGUUGAAACUUAGUGGUGGUGAGGAGGCAGGCGACGGGGCUGGGAAGAUGCUCGUCAAGGUGGCCGAGGGCAUUGCGGUGACGGCUGACCGGAUAAAGGGCCUGCGGGCGUGGGAUCUCAAGAGUAGGAGUCUGCUUGCGCAGAUUACUGUUGUUGGAGAUCAAGAGUCGGCCGCGGCACCGAGCUGCAUCGCCGUGGACGAGACAGAGCUUGAGAGGGAAGCGCUAGACGUCGCGUUGGGCUUUGAGGACGGCAGCUUCGGGGUCUGGAGGUUGUUUACUAACAAGAAGCGGCUGGAGCAGCGGUACCGGCACGAGAAGUCCAGCAACGGCGAGCUGAUUGCCAUGGCUUUCUCAUACCCUUACCUGCUGACUGCCACCCAGGCCGUUCUGGUUUCCCUCUACACCUUUGACGUUCCGAGCGCCAAGGAGACGGGUCAGAAGGAGCCAGAUGAAGAAGGCCGAAGACAGACGCCACGCCUCUCAAAUUCGCGUGAAGAAACAGCAAAGCUCCCCUCGCCGUAUCUCCUGACAUCGCUGGAUUCUCGCACGUCGCGGCCGCCGCUGGCCCUGUCGAUCCGCAGAGCCGGGAAGACGGCCAUCGCAUCUGUGGCCUACACCAUUUCCACCCGGCGCGGAUGGUCUAUUGGCAUUCAGGACUUACAUAUCCGCCAAGCCACAGACAGCACAACAGCGACCCCUGAGAUCGCCGCGACUCGAAUAGCGUACACCACACCUGUCGAGUCCGGCAGCUCCCCCCGCUCCCCGCCACCGCCCACAUCACCGGCAACGCCCCGGCGCCGGAACAGACUCGCCACUUCCUCCUCCUCCUCCUCAUCCUCAGCGCCUGAGGCUGGCCCAUCAACCGAACCCGAACCCGAGCCGGGGCCGACCACGCUCUGCUACACGCACCCUUACCUGCUGGCCACGCUGCCCGACAACACGCUCGUCCUGCACAUGUGCACGUCCAACGCCUCGUCGCUCUCCCUCUCGGACGGCAUCCGGCUGUGGGGCCACACGUCGGGCAUCAGCGACGCCGAGAUCACGGCCCGCGGCAAAGCGGUCAGCGUGAGCACCCGCGGCGAGGAGAUGCGCGUGUGGGAGCUCGAGGGGGGGCGGUCGUCCGGUGUUGGGGGGCGCAGUGUCGAGAUCCGGCCCUGGACACAGUCGCCUGGCAGUACUGGCAGUACUGUUGGUGGUGGUGGUGAUGAUGAUGAUGAUGAUGAUGAUUGGGAUGAGCGGAGGAACUGGGUUGGCUUUGAUGACGAGAUGGUCAUUGUGCUCAAAGAGCGGAAAGGCACGAGAGAGAGCUUGAUGGUUUACGACUUCACCUGA